CCAGGACACCCUGGGCUCUCCUCCCUUUUCUUCCCUCCAGGACACCCUGGGAUCUCCUCCCUGCUCUCCUCAGCCAAGACACCGUGAGAUCUCCUCCCCACACUCUAUGCUAGGACAUCCGGGGAUCUCCAGCCAAGCCCUCCCACCAGGCUCCCCACGGAUUUACCUCCUCAUCCCUGAGAUCCCUUAGUCAGUGCUGUUCUCCCUCCUGUUCAUUUCCUAAACCUGUCCCCCUUCUCUCUCCAGGCUCUUCCUAGUCAGGCCCUUCCUCCGGGCUGGGCUGGGUGUGCUCAGCGUGGCUCUGAGCUGCUGGGAGUUGUACCUCAGGCGGGCACACACCCGCCUCCUCUUCUGUGAAAGGAACAACCAACCAUUCCAGUUUGAGUCUGUUCUGAUCUUGGCCGGGGCCCAGACCCGGGUCUUGGUGUGGACCGGGGUCUUGAUCUGGGCCCGGGCCCGGAAACAUACAAGUCUCCACCAAGGCCCCGAGAGUCUCUCUCCUGAGGCAGAAAUGCCAGGAGAAGAUCCAGACGAUGUUUGAGCAGCUGGUGGUCGUGGAUCACCCCAAUAUCGUCAAGCUACACAAGUACUGGCUGGACACGCCUGAGAGCAAAGCCCGGGUGAUCUUCAUUACUGAAUAUGUAUCCUCAGGCAGCCUCAAGCAGUUCCUGAAGAAAACAAAAAAAAACCACAAGGCCAUGAAUGCCCGGGCAUGGAAACGCUGGUGCACACAGAUCCUCUCAGCUCUCAGCUUCCUGCACUCGUGUGAUCCCCCAAUCAUCCAUGGCAACCUGACCAGCGACACCAUCUUCAUCCAGCACAACGGCCUCAUUAAGAUCGGCUCCGUGUGGCACCGAGUCUUCUCCAAUGCCAUCCCGGACGAUCUCCGCAGCCCCAUCCGGAUUGAGCGAGAGGAACAGCGAAAUCUGCACUUCUUUCCCCCAGAGUACGGCCAUGUGGCUGACGGCACAGCCGUGGAUAUCUUCUCAUUCGGGAUGUGCGCCCUGGAGAUGGCUGUGCUGGAGAUCCAGGCCAACGGAGACACCCGCGUCACGGAGGAGGCCAUCGCCCGGGCCGGGCAUUCCCUGGAUGACGACAACAUGCGGGAGUUCAUCUUGUCCUGCCUGAUUCUGAACCCUGCCCGCCGCCCCUCUGCCCACAACCUGCUCUUCCAUCGGGUGCUCUUUGAGGUCCAUUCUCUCAAGCUCCUCGCUGCCCACUGCUUCAUCCAGCAUCAGUACCUGAUGCCGGAAAACGUGGUGGAGGAGAAGACCAAGAUGAUUGACCUCAACAUGGUGAUGGCGGAGAUUCGCAGGGCUGGCCGACCCAGCGUCCAGUGGAGGUACUCAGAGGUCUCAUUCCUGGAGCUGGACAAGUUUCUGGAGGACGUCAGGAAUGGGAUCUACCCACUGAUGAACUUUGCUGCGUCUCGGCCCCUGGGACUACCCCGGGCUCUGACCCAACCCCCUGAGGAUGCCCAGAAGGCCAAGACCCCCACCCCAGAGCCCUUUGACGUGGAGACCAGGAAGGUGGUGCAGAUGCAGUGUAACAUGGAGAUGAACGAGGACAAAGCACAGUGGCACCUCACUCUGCUGCUCACACUGGAGGACAAGCUUCACCGACAGCUCAGCUACGACCUGCUGCCGACCGACAGCUCCCGGGACCUGGCCAUGGAACUGGUUCAUUAUGGCUUCAUCCACGAGGAUGACUUUGAGAAGCUUGCCGCAUUCCUGGAAAGCACCUUCCACAAGUACCGCUCAGGCCCCCCCUGAUUCCUCCCGCCCCCUCCAGCCACACCCCAGCACGCCAGCGGGGACUUGGGCCCAGCGAACCCCUGGCCGGAAAUCGUCCCCCACGAUGGCCCUGGACCCCUGGCCCCGAGUGGGGUGGCCGGGGCUCUCCAGCCUGCGGUGGGGGGGGGGCAUCCCUGGACCUGCCGGGGGCCCCGCAGGAGUGACUGAUAGAGGCCAGGAGGAAGAGGAGGAGGAGGAGGAGAGGACACGAGAGGAGCUGAGUGGGUGCGGGGCUUGGCUUGCUCCGCCAGGCAGUCCAGCCCCUUGUGCCCCAGCACGCCGCCCCCGGGGUGGGAGACCUAUAGUCACCCGCAACUCGGGCGUCCACACCGUCAGCCUGAUGCUUUAGGGCCCGGAACGGGGAGGGGCGGUGCCCGGGGGGAAGACUGGGACCCUGGCUGGCAGGAAGGAGAGCCCACCCCUAGAAUCCUGGGGUGAGGGAGUGCUGGCGGGCCUCCCCUGGCUAGGCCAGUGCCUUAUCAGCCACACUGCCCUGGGGGGGCGGGG